AUGUCGACCUGCGAAAAGUCCUCGCAAGAGGAUUCUAAAGAGGUGGCUAAAUCGAAUUCCGAGAAGGCCAGCUUGGACGACCCGUUGCACGAUGCGGAAAUGUACUCGACGCACGUUGAAAAGAUGGCGGCAGCUAAUAUCGAAACUAUUGUUACCGACAUUGACAGCUUGCCGGUCAGCUGGUUCGUGUGGCUCGUAGCCCUAACCGCGUCGACUGCCGGUCUACUCUUUGGAUACGAUACGGGCAUCAUCUCGGCGGUCCUGGUAUAUCUCAAAAGCGAUCUCGAUAACAGGCCAGUCACAAGCAAUGAGAAAGAGCUGAUCACUUCCCUCUGCUCCGGAGGGGCCUUUUUCGGCGCCAUCUUUGCUGGAAACACUGCAGACAGGUUCGGUCGCAAAAUGGCCAUGUACCUUGGCUGUGUCCUUUUCGUUGCCGGUGCCGUCAUCCAAGCGGCAUCCUACACUGUCGCUCAAAUGGCGGUCGGUCGCCUGGUUAUUGGGUUCGGUGUUGGGUCCGCUGCCAUGGUCUUGCCAUUGUAUGUGGCUGAGAUCGCUCCAGCCAAAGCCCGUGGUCGACUGAUCGGGUUGAAUAAUAUGUCCAUCACUGGCGGGCAGGUGAUCUCGUACGCGAUCGGGGCCGCCUUUGCCAGCGUCAACCACGGAUGGCGAUAUAUGGUCGGGCUGGGAGGCGUGCCCGCCAUCGUUUUAGCGUGUCUUCUGCCGUUUUGUCCCGAGUCCCCGCGCCACCUAGCCUACAAUGGCCGCACCGAGGAAGCCAGGGAUGUGCUUCGGAAAAUAUACAAAGACGCGAACGAGGGUCAGAUCGAAGCGGUUUUGACCUCUAUCAGCGCAGCAUGCGUCCAGGCACGCGAAAUCAAUGAAAGCGGGAGUCGCUUCUCGAAGAUUAAGCAGCUGCACACGGUGCCUAGCAAUCUCCGGGCCUUGGUGUGUGCAUGUGGCCUGAUGGUCAUCUCGCAGCUGUCAGGUUUCAACACCCUGAUGUACUAUUCGUCGACGCUCUUUUCGUUGACGGGAUUCGACAACCCCACAGCUGUCGGGCUGGUGGUCGCAGGCACUAACUUUAUCAUGACUGCGGUCAAUAUGAUGUUGGUUGACGGCAUGGGCCGCAGACGCGUUCUUCUCUCGACGGCUUGGGGAAUGGCGACUGGGAUGAUCGCUGUGGCCGUCGCUUUCCACUAUAUCCCUAUCAACGUGGAUACGAACGAAGUAGCCACCAGCUCGAUUCCUCCAGCCGCGAUUGUCGUUUUGGUGUUUAUCAUCUGGUUUGUGGUGUUUUAUGGUGUGUCGGUCGGAAACACAGCAUGGAUGAGCACAGACUUCUUCCCGUUGGAAGUGCGUGCCAUGGGGACGAUGUGGCUGACCUGCUCCAACUGGGGAAGUAAUGUGAUUGUGUCCAGCACUUUCUUGUCGAUGAUGAAGACGAUGACCCCGUCCGGUGCAUUUGGAUUUUAUGCUGCCAUUUGUGGUCUGGGGUAUAUCUGGAUCUACUUCUUCUACCCGGAAGUCUCCGGGCUGGUUCUCGAAGAGAUCCAGGAGGUCUUUGAGCAUGGCUUUGGCGUCAAGUAUGCAAGCAAGCUCCGGAAAGAGCGUAAACAUCUCAUCGAGGAAAGGUUGAGGACACAGGACAAACCCUUGCCAGCUGGACACUAA